AUGUUUGAAAAAUUAACUCUGAUUCUACUAAUUUGUUGGGGUGUGGACAGUUUUCCCGAUGGUGCUCCCGUAGACGCGUGUGUGAAGGAUCGAGCGAAUCAGCCUAAUCACGGCCAACAUCGCACGCAACCACUCUCUACCUUACCUUACCGAAUAGUGGCAUCAUCUGCCAACUAUAGCCCAAAUACAAGGAUUACAGUAACCAUAGAGGGUGCGGAACCAUUCAAAGGCUUCUUUAUACAAGCGCGGUCAGUUGAAAACGAUCAGUGGCUUGGCUCGUGGGAGGACACUCCAAACACGACCAUUCACCCCGAGUGUUCGGCGAUCACCCAUGCAGAUCCCAGGGAAAAGAUCAAAGCUACAAUAGUGUGGAAGGCGCCACAUAAUUCGCAUGGCCGCGUUUACUUUACGGGCACAGUUUUGAAAAAUUACGGCACGUUUUGGGCGAAUCUCAUUGCGGAAGCACCACAAGAUCCCGUCGCUUUACAACAUCUGUUUUAA